AAAAAAUUAUAAACUGACGAAUAUCCAUCGCAUAUUGUUUCAGUCACGAAGUUGGCCAGUCUGAGAUUCAUUAUCUUUUGGCCAAUAAUUUGCCCAACUUCAAACCUCCUAUCUUGACUCGCAAGAAUGAAAAGAUGGAUUGGUAGACAAAAAUAAUCUUACUGCGCCUUUUACAGUAUGACGCAUCAUUCUCCUCAAUUUCACACCUUCGAUGACCUCCUUUUGAGACCGUGCCCGUCACCAGGAAUCAGAUGAGACCGGUCACGUGCACUACGAAAGGCGGUGUCAUUUGACGCUAUCAAAUGGCGAUAGGUCCCUGGUGAUCCUGUAAUCGUUUGUCUACCUUUAUCCAACUACUUUUUUACAUUAUUUUAUUAUGAGUAUGCAAGCUUCUGAUAUGCCUCUAGCCUUUGUCGAAACUGUAUCACAUACAGAAUCCCAAGGUGUGCAAUUGGACGCUGCAGACUUUCCAGCUUUGCCCAAAGAUCCUGAGUGGGAGCUUAUCAAUACAGGCGAUGCCGAUCAUGACCUGGAUGUUGUUCCGACUACCAAGGAACGCCAAACGACAUCAAGCGAUGAAGACGAACAAGACGACAAUGACGAUGACGGCUGGAUAGAAUAUGCGCCAAGACCAGUACCACUAUCCUAUGUCCAAAUAGCAUCAAAAGUGACUGCACCAGGACCUUCGCCCAGACAAUUAAUGCCUAAGCGAAUUUGGAACUCAAAGAACAAACAAAUACAAAAUAGCCCAAGUCCGCUCUUAAAUGAGGAGGAAGAGGAGGAGGCUACUGAUGAAUUGAUGUACCUUGCCAAAGAUAAAGGUUCUCAACGGCUCCACGAUCAGACUGUGCGAAAGACAAGGGACCGUAAGAUGAUAUCUGAAUCUCGAUAUCACCUGACCGAUGGCCGUGAGCGAUUCGUUAAUUCCGAUAUUUUAAUUUUGCCGGGUAACAUGAAACGUCGAAAUCAUGAGCUCAUGAAAAGCUGGAAGUGGCUCUCGAAGGUCGGUAAACGAGACAGCGGAAGGGGUGAGCGGAAGAAGAAGGCCUCUGGCGCCAUACCGGAUUAUGCCGUGUAAUCGUCGACCCCUGUUCAAAUAGAUAACCUGAUGUGCAGUUAGUGAAACAAAACUUGCCAAUGUCAUCUAUACUCUGUAAAUAUGCAGAUCAUUCAUUAGUCUAUAGUAAUGUCCAGUGAAAUAAUGAUAUCUGCUUAUGCUUAAGGCAUAAUUUUUAAACCGUAAUUCUGGCCC